GUCAAGUGUAGACUGUAAACUCUGAAUGUCUCUGUCUAUAAUUUGAGGAUUAAAACGCGCCCUGUCUUUCCUUGAUAAAACGGGUCAACACGUGCAAACGAUCCAUUGCAUUCUGCACUGGAAAUUUCGUGAAAGCACAUGACUUUGUAUCCGCUUUAGGUUGUAUAUGCAACAUUGCAAAAUUUAAUUAAAUAAAAAAACGUUGGAUGGACUAAGACAUAUUUGCAUUUAAAAAUGAAGAAGACGUUUUUUAAUCUUGUGCGUUUUUUAUUGAUUUUGGACAGUCUUUGCAGAGUUGCAUCGGAAGCCUUUUCUGACAUUAAGCAGCACGACAGCGAUGUCCAAGGAAGUACCGACCAUACCUUUGCGCACGAGAGUACACACCGGGACACGGUCUCCAUCAGCAUGUUCAAAGUCUAUGAAAAGUACAGUAAGGAACCUCACCGUAAGAGAGACGGAAACACCGUUCGAGGUUUCAAAGCUGUCCCGGGAGACUGCGAGGCUUCCUCCUGUUUCCAGUUCAAUCUGUCUUCCAUCCCAGACUCUGAGCGAAUCCUAUCUGCCAGCGUUCACUUCCUGGUUCAGCGUCCUCGUCCUCGACCCGGGAUCUGCCGGCAUUCUCGGAAGCUGUCCUGCCGCCUCCAACACCUCCACAGCUCACCUCCACCUUCCCAGCUUCUAUUCAGAGGAACGUCCCCCAACUCGGCCUUCCCUUCACUGCUGGGGAACCUCACCUUGCCUCCCCUCCGGAAGAGUGCCUGGCAGACAAGGGAUGUUACAGCGGUGAUCAAGCAUGCCAGGGUUCUUAGCGAGCUCCUCAUCACUGCCGAAUUGGAUCUGGGAGUGAAGUACCAUCAACAACAAAGGCUCCACCACCAGAACCACCCAGAGCGCCACCCUCAGGCCAACCUUCCCUACAUGCUGGUCUACACAGACGACCUGACAAUAGACGAACCCAACAGUGUGGCCAUGACCCUACAGAGGUACGGUCCUUUCCCAGUUGGGGAGGAACCCACACGACCCCCCAAUGCCUCCCCCCCGGCUUCCCCCUCCAGGGUGAGGAGAAACGUGCCAGACCAGGACAUGCAGCUCCAGACCAACCACCUUCCUGAGGUGCACUACAACACUCUGAAGAAACACGAGCUCUGGCAAAGCACAUACUUUGCCCCCAAAGCCAAGCCGUCGACAGUUAAAGAUGAACGCCACAAGCUAAGCCUGGAGGGCAGUGAGGCGCUGGGUAAGCCUCCGGUGCUGAGCUUUGAUGAGAGAACCAUGAAGAAGGCCAGAAGGAAGCAGUGGAGUGAGCCCAGAGCCUGUUCUAGAAGGUACCUCAGAGUGGAUUUUGCAGACAUCGGCUGGAGCGAGUGGGUGCUGGCUCCUAAAGCUUUUGAUGCAUUCUACUGUGCAGGUAUCUGUGGGUUCCCCAUCCCUAAGGUUGUGCGUCCUUCUAACCAUGCCACGAUCCAGAGCAUUGUCCGGGCGGUGGGCAUAGUGCCUGGGGUUCCAGAACCCUGCUGUGUCCCGGACAAGAUGAGCCCACUAAGUGUUCUCUUCCUGGACCCAGAUAAGAACAUGGUCCUGAAGGUCUACCCAGGCAUGUCUGUGGACACCUGUGCCUGCCGGUAGGAGGACUGCCACAAAACGGACAUCGGAAACUUUAUUUAUAAAGUCGCAAAAGACAUACAGAAAAGCAGACAAUUUUGGAUGAGAGAUGGAAGUGGAUCAUCUACUCAUGGAGAGGAAUCUAGGUGAGGAUUGGAACAAUGAUCCAUAAAACAUGAAGAUAUACUCAGUGGGACGGCUGCAGAGAUGUUUUGGUUUUUCCGGGUGGACUCCCAAAAGGACUACUGUCCCAUUUGGAGACAAUGAGUUUUUUUCUCUUUCUUAUAGCUCAGAUAAUGGACUCCAUAGUAUAAUACACAAUUUAACUAUUGGAUUCAAGUGGGUUUUGGUUUGAGCAGUGCCCAUUAAGUAAUGCGUGCCCAGUCCAGUACUGAAAACACUUAUGUAAAUAGUAAUACUACUAAUACAACUAAAUGAGACAUACAGUAUAUUUGUACAUUAUGUGUUUUGAUGUAUGAAUGUUAAGCCAGUACAGUAGUUUAAUGCUGUGUUCAGUAGUGUUGUAGUUAAAGCAUGAGAGAAACUAUGUAGAAUAUAGUGUACUAUAUAUGUACUUUGAUUACAUGAUUUAUAUUAUAUAGCUCACUGUACAGUACAGAUGUGAUUACUUUAGCUAACCAUUUUAAAGGGAAAUGUAUUUUACAUAUGCUCAACGAUGGAGACAAAAGUUAUAUGAGACCAUACUGCCCUCUACUGUUUGGAAGGGGAAAGCCGUCUGAAAUGACAUACCUUCACAGAUUUAUGGUUUGAUGUGACCACCAAAUUUGAUUGUUCGACACCACAUUAUAACUGUGCAUUUAGGGUCUGUACUGUAUAAGCUACACAAAUAGUUGUGUACAAAUGAUAUAUGUUUUGAAAAAGAUAUAUAUAAUGACAAUUUUAAAUGGGAAUAAACCGAAAUGUACAGUUGAUGCAUUUAAGUCAAUUUCAGAUAUUGUUUGUUCAUUAAAAGGUU